UAUCAUGUGUAUUCCAGUUGACAUAUUUACAUUUUGCGUACAUAAUUAUAAAUAGGGAGUCAAUCAAAUAGUUCAAAACGUUUUCCCUGUUAAAUUCUGACCGUUGCACUCUUCUUUUCUGUUGUCGACAACUGUGGAAGGCACAACAAAGUCGGAUUUUUCCGUUUCAAAUGUUUGGCACUAUGCUUUGUGCUCAAAAUUCCUUGGAAGCGAGGGCAGCUCGGAGCCCUGAUGCGUCAAUUGAGCGGCAGCAGCUUCAACUGCGACAACAACAGUCGACCAGGGAUGAGUCCCCAAAUCCAUAUAUCCUCAUUGAAGAUGCAGUUCACGGAGUCAUUGAAAUCCCCACUCACAUUGGGGAGAUCGUGCAACACAAACUGUUCCAGCGUCUCAAAAAAAUUAAGCAACUAGGAUUGCUCUUUUUGGCUGGCAAACCAGAGGCUACUUAUUCUCGAUAUGACCAUUGUAUUGGGACUUACAGGAGCGCACAGAUUCAUCUGAAUGCCUUGAAGCGCAAUUCCAAUAAUAAGAAAGCAUUGCCAGAAUGGUGUCGACAUUCUGUUGAGAUCGCGGCGCUUCUACAUGAUAUAGGACAUGGUCCAUUUUCGCAUACGUGGGAAGAAGUGUGUGGGAAUAGCUUUGAUCAUGAGCAGAAUGGAUUAAUCUGCGUAGAUAAGAUUUUUGCCGAUAUGACGAGCGAGAUACUGCGUUCCCUGCGUGACGAAAACAAUGGACGAGGUGUGCAGCUAAUCAAGGCGCUGAUAGUCGGCAAACGGGAGUUGCUAACCUAUCCAAUGAUGGGACUUGGUUAUAUCUUUGAUAUUGUGCACAACAGUCGCUGCGGUCUGGAUGUGGACAAGUGGGAUUACUUAAGACGUGACAACAAAUGCCUGAACCUGCUAAGCGAUGAAGACAUGAAGUUCGAUGAGAUAUUUCAGAAGUCUCGCAUUUCGCCAGAUGGUCAGCGCAUUGAAUAUCGCUAUGAUGACUACCAUCUCAUAUAUAAGCUUUUUAUGGCACGUUGGCGUCUACAUAUGACCGCCUAUAAGCUGCCCAAGUCCCUGGCUGUUUGUAAUCUGUUUUCAAAAAUUGUGCGGCGUUGUAAACCGGAUCUGUUGGCCUUGAUGGCUGACAGUGAUGAUUGGCUGGAUUUAUAUGAUGAGCGUGUAUUUCAAAUGAUUGAGAGCGAUCCGCUUAUGCGCUAUUUGCAUUGUCCACACCAUUGGCUUGAGGUACCACCCUGUGAAGGUCAACAUGAGAAUUGUGUAUGCGUAAAUAUCAAAAAACUGGGUCCCGGUGUUGACAUGGAUCCCGACGAGUCUUAUGCGCUGUAUGGUGAUAGCAGUAAGAAACGCAGCAUUGAGCGACUAACUACGCCGACUUCUAUAACCACAUGCUAUAAGUUGCUAUAGGUAAUUAAUUUCACAAUGAAGCUAAAUCAUGAUAAAUUGUCAACCGAUGUGUUCGCCUUUUCCCCCCUUAUUUUUAAUUACUUAACUCUUUGUUACAACUUAAAAAUGUGUUAAUUGUUAUUGGGUUCCAAGAAAAAUGACUUUGAUAUGCAAAAAAGAUCAAGAAGUAUUCGAAAUCUGAUGUGAAUUUUAUAAUGGAACUUUUUGUAUUGUUUGCUUAAAUUAUAAUUUAUAAUACGCGAAUUGACAGCUUAUGAUUCAAUUCUAAAUUAGAU